CGUCAGCCGAAAGUACGUCAGAUCCUCAGCUUCAUGCCGCCCAUAAAGUGUGGUUUGAUUCACCAGUAGCAUUGUCACAUUAUUCAUUGCUUCUUUUGAUUUAUUGCUCUUCUCCUGGAAACCAUGAUUUGAGCUGUUGUUCCCAGACGUUCCCUGAUCCAUCCAAUUAUUAUUAUAGCCCUUGUUGUGGUCUUCAUUCCUUCCCGUUUACCGAACCGCAGCAAUGCGAGAAGUGACUACCCUUCUUUCUAACGCUGGCCCGAGGUCUUACGUGCGUCUACGCUCGGUUUACCCGCCUUUCCCGAGAUGCUCCCGAGUCCCAGCUUCUUUACGCUCCCUUUCCACCGAGUCUCGUUCAAGCCUCUCAUCUUCCGAUCUCUCGCGCAAUGGAGGGUAUUCUCCUUUGACGUCUGCAGAUAGUGGGCUUUUGCUACCUUCGUCUUCCAGAGCAUCGUUCUCUACCUCCACACAACACUCCGAUGCGGAUUGGGAUGCGCAUCCAAACCUAUCAAUCUCCGAAUUUUCGGAGCUCCCAUCCAAAGAUUUUGGAGUCAAUCAGCAUAUGGUUAUUAAUCAAGAAUUUAAGGAAGCAUUGCGCCAAAUUCUCUGGCAGUUCCGGGCGCCAAUUCGAUAUGCAUUUGCCUAUGGAUCAGGUGUGUUCCCCCAAGUGGGCAGCGCACCAGGUUCUAGCCAGUGUCACCCGUCAGCCCCCGCCGCAAUCCAGACCAUGCAGCAGGGCAAGGGCAAGAUGAUUGAUUUUAUCUUCGGAGUGUCAUACUCGCAACAUUGGCAUUCAUUAAACCUGAUGCAGCACCGCGAUCACUACUCUGGAUUAGGGUCUAUGGGAUCCUAUGUGGUGUCUCAAGUGCAGGACAGAUUUGGAGCUGGUGUAUAUUUCAAUCCUUAUGUCACAGUAAACGGGACGCUGAUUAAGUAUGGUGUCGUGAAUAUUGACACUCUAUGCAAAGACCUCAGCCAGUGGGAUACCAUGUAUCUCGCUGGGAGACUGCAGAAACCAGUGAAGAUUCUACGAGACCACCCGCAGGUACGCUUGGCAAACCAAAUCAACCUGCUAUCUGCUGUGCGUGUAGCUCUGUUGUUGCUCCCUGCAGAAUUCAGUGAAUUCCAGCUGUACAGUACGAUCGCCGGUAUGAGUUAUAUGGGUGACCUUCGCAUGGCACUACCGGCAGAGGAUCCUCGAAAAGUCAACAAUAUUGUCUCUGGGCAAAUGGCCCAUUUCCGACGGCUCUACGCACCGCUUAUUGACAAUCUACCCAAUGUCACAUUCAACGACAAACGUUGCACCCAAGACAAUUGGAUCGACGACCCAGAUGCCAACGUGCGACUGACCCAGGAUAUGGACCCGGUGAAGCGCGGUAAUAUGGUCCGUCGGUUGCCUGAAUCAUUCCGCGAGAAGUUGUACUUCCAGUACCAGGCACGCUAUGGGAUUCCUCGCGCGGAAUUCGAUAAAAUGAUGAAGGAAAGCAAUGACAAGGAUCCCGAACUUGUCCGCAAGAGACAGGGCGGCCCAUUCGAACAACGUAUCGCAGAUGACGAGAGCCUGAGGGAUGAAUUACAGACCUCGAUCACAAAAACGAUCCGCUGGCCAAGUACGGUCCAAACUGCCAAGGCACCUCUCAUGGCUGGAGUGGGACGGACAUGGCGUUAUUUGCGGGAGAAGCAAGACAAGUAUAAUAAAUCCGGCAAGCAGUCUUCUUCAUCCGAGGAGACCUCUUCCAAAACAAAGGAAGAGUAGAUGUCGGUUGUCUUGACUUAAAUUCUAUACUAUUGUUUAUGCGAUGAAUCAAGCAUGAGUGGGUCUGGGUAGAAGACGCUGGAAUAGAGAUUAGCUUCCCUAGACAUCUUGAGGCAUAUACCUGGGCGUUCUUUUUUUUUUUUUUUUUUUUU